CUCGUCACCAAUUUCCAUCUAUCACAGUCGGAUUACUGCAUCAAAAAGCUCUACGUAUGUGUUAUCUAGGUUUUGGACGGGUUUGCUGCUCUGUGAGAGAAUCGCAGUUUCGGCGAAGCAUAGCCAGCUGAGGCUCAGUCUCACUUGCGAUUAGCGUCAGGUACAGUGCGUGGACCAGGAUUACGGCUAAGAUCCUUCUCUUCCGGGCCGUGCUCAAUGAGUCUGUGUAGGCAUCCCGUACAGCAUAGUGAUUUAAGUACCAGUGGCCGUCCAUGACAGGACCAUCGCCUCUAGAGCUCCAACAAUCACCCGCAGAGCACACGAUCUUCAACCUCUUCCUUGGCCCUGAUCUGCAUUAUGGUCAAAUCUCUCGUCGCCCUAGCGGCAUGCACAGGACUCGCAUUCGCCCAAAACCAAACGAUUGAAUUCUUCUGGCCUAAAGGGGGAGACUACGAAGUUCCUGAUGUGUCAAUAAAAUCCGUCAAUGCUUCCGCCACAGUAUUCGCCGUCGCCUGUCCGAGUCCUUCGACAUACGACUGCGAUUGGUCGCUUGGAUUCAACUACACCAUCGUCAAUAGCUCAACAUAUGAAGCCACGAUGUCUCGCGACGAUUACAUGGUCUCGCGAACUUGCCAGGACAAGGGUCAGGGUGGUGUAAAUUGCUAUGCGGAGGGAAACGACAAGGCCCACUUCUCGUCGUUCGCUGCAAACGAGGUUUGGGGAGCAAUAACCGCAAACACGUUCACUGCGACAGUCACGUCUGGGGGAGAGCUGUUGAUGGCAGCUUCUACGGGGAGUGCUUCAAGCUCCAGUCCGUCACCACAGGCUGGUUCUAGUGCACCCUCCGCCAGUGUCUCUGCGACUGCUUCGACGACAUCUCAGGCCACAGGUGCGGCUGGAAAAAAUUACGUUGACCAUUCGAUGGGCCUCAUUAUUGUGGGUGCGGGCGCAGUCGCUUUGUACGUUUAA